AUGUCCGUCCUCGGUGAGCGACCCCGUGUGCCCCAUACGCCUCUCUGGACCUUGAAGGCGUGUCAGUUGCUCGCAGCUGCUUCGUGGUCUUGCAUCGCGCGGUUUCUGAACGUCUUCUUCUCUGACAUCGGAGUGACGCGUAGCGAGAUCGGCAUAUUGAGCAUGGCGACGAUGAUUGCAGCCUUCUUUGGACAGCUGUUUUGGUCCAUGGUGACGACUCACCUGGGCGAAUACAUGCGCAUUUUAGUGGGUACAGGCUUUGCGGGAACUUGCCUCGUCUUCUUCUACCUUCUUCCAGAAGUGCAGGUCAGCUUCUGGUGUCUCGCUUUGGUGUGUGUGGUCUCCUUCUCGUUCCUCUCCACCGGCCGGGUCAUUGUGGAUGCCAUGUGCCUCUCCGUGGUGCAGGAGCAAAAGUGUGAGGAGCACUAUGGUCAUCAGCGACUUUGGUAUGCGAUAGGCUGUGGUGGAAUGAGUCUGUUGGGCGGGCACCUGAUGGAUGUCUUCGGCUCUGGGUUCAUGUUCUGGAGCUUCGCCGCCAUUCAGUCUGCCUUCAUCGCGGUGUGCUUAGUCUACCUGCCCACGCAGAAGAAGCCGUUGAGCAGUGCGACCCAGGAGCAGGCGACUCUGACUUUGAAGCAGUUCCUGAACUUUGACGUGAUGUGGUUCUUUGCCGACCUCAUGAUCUAUGGGCUGGCCAUGUCUCUCGUGGAAUCCUUGCUGCUGGUCUAUCUGAAUGAGGACUUCGAACAGCCGCCGAAGCUGCUGCUAGGUGCGGCCGUCGCGGUCAUGUGCGCGUUCGAGAUUCCGGUCUUCAAGUACAUCGACCGCAUCUUGGGCCAGCGGAAAGAAAGGCUCACGUCAGUGUUGAUGGCCACCAAGCUUCUUCUGGCUGUCCGGUGCUUCUUGUGUGCUGCCCUACCUCCUUCCAAGCCCUGGCUGGUGCUGCUGAUUCAGCCGCUGCAUGGACUUACCUUCGCAGCAAUGUGGUCAGCAAACGUAGAGUAUUGCCAAGAAAUCGCCCCCGCCGGCUGUGGCUCCCUGAUGUUUGUGCUUGCUUGCGGCAUCUACUCCCAGGUUGCAAUUGGCACGGGCACGGCCAUGUGGGGUCAUCUUGCAAUGGAGCCUCCAAACGGCCUGGGGUUUCGGAGGUGCUUUCAUCUAGCCACCAUGUUGGUCCUCCUUUGGGCCCUCAUCUGGCAGCUUGGCAUUCUGAUCAGGCGCCGACUCCGCACGGCGGAGACGGCCGAGGAGUUGCAAGUGCUACCAGUAUCGCCUGAAGAAGGCUCCGACAUCGUGUUCUAA